AUUUAGAGGAGGAGUCGCUCAAAAUGGCGAACACGAUAUAGGCCUUGUUGCAUAAAAUGUGCGCCUAGGCUUAAGACCGGUUGCACUUUUUGUAUGACUCCCACCUAUUUUUUUUUCCAUUCUAUUUGCAACGAAAAUUCAUGUAAAAAUUUGUAUUCGAUACUUACCGAAUAGUUAUAAUGAUUAUGUUCAUCAAUCAUAUUGUUGAUGUGUAGCUGAAUUUUCCUCAACUCUGAAUGGAAAAUAGAAGGUAGCAGAAUCUUGAAGAAAUCAGCAAUGAAAAAUUAAUCAGAUGCUAAUAAACCCCUUUAGUUAGAUGGGUUACCGGAUCUUCUUUGCUUUACUUCUCCUUUGCUUUUCGCCAUCAAUCUUAUGGAUCCAAGCAUUUUCUCCCGCGCAACAAGCUCAGCCUCAGGAUCUUUCAGGUCAUACACAUAGAAGAAGAAUUUUGCAACAUGAAGAGCAUGCUAAUGAGAUACAUUGUUCAAGAGAGAGGAGCAGAGCAGCAUGGAAGGUUAUUGAUGAGUAUCUCAUGCCUUUUGUGGAGAAAGAGAAGUAUCAAAUAUCAAACAAGUGCAGACUUCACCCAGAUAAUGACAUGUUCAGGGAUCAGGAACAACACAAGAUAAAUGCUGACAUUAAUGAGUGGAAAUGUGACUACUGUAAAAAGAGCUUUUAUGCAGAAAAGUAUCUCGAUAAGCAUUUCGAGAACAGACAUUACAAUUUACUAAAUGCAACUCAGAGCAACUGUCUGGCGGACUUGUGUGGAGCAUUACACUGUGACCGUGUGAUGGAUUUGCAACCUCGAAAGACCAAGUGUAAUCCAGCUGCAGCUGUUAGAAAUCGUCAUUUAUGUGAGAGUCUCGCUGAUACUUGUUUUCCAGUGACCGGAGGUGCAUCAGCCAGUCGUCUCCAUGAAUUCUUCUUGCAUCAGUUCUGUGAGGCACACACUUGUUCUGGAGGGAAAAAUCCGUUCUCCAGAGGUGGCAAGCGACGGACAAGUAUUUUUUAUAUUGUCAUCUCAGUUUUGAUCCUAAUGCUGCUCGCAUUGUUCUAUGCUUUUGUAUAUUUGUACCAGAGGGGAUUGAAAACGAGCACUCGAGAUCUUAAACGAAUUUCACACACUGGGCGUAAGAAGAAGCCUUCAUGAGUCACGAGUCGGGAACAUGCACGAAGUUUUAGUUGGGCAUUCUUUCAUGUUUUGAGGUUUGAAUUCAUUAUUUUGUAAUCGUAUUAUUGUAGUGUUAGUAAUAUGAUACUCUCUUAUCUUCCUUUCAUUUUUGGGGGAAAAGAGGAAGAAAAGGGGAGGGCUUAUAGACAAGAACUUGUUUCUAGCCCGUUCUGGACGAGAACUUUAUUGGUAAAUUUUCAUGAUAACUUGUCAUUUGAUGAAGUAUUAUUUUGGCUCGUUGAGUGAACAACCUUUGUUUAAAGGUUUGUGGAGUGGUUACGAUAAAAGAUUUUCAUUUUGGAUCAAUUCCAUAUUACCCUCUAGUGUAGGUAUUUCCAUUGACGAUGUACUAAACUUGUGGAGCUCGAUCAUUUUGAAUGUUGUCAAAAACGGGAGAACAUUGGAAUAUAUUCAUGUCGUUGCAAGACCCAAGUGUCCCAAGAAAAAGCAUACCACUCCAUAUGUUUGUGGAGCUGUUACGAUAAUGGAUUUCCAUUUUGGAUCAGUUCCAUAUGUGAGAAAGUACCUCCAUUGUAGGUAUUUCCAUUGAUGCUAAACUAAACUUGUGGUGCUCGAUAAUUUCAAAUGUCGUCGAAAAUGGGAGAACAUCGGAAUGCAUUUAUGUCGUUGCAAGACUCUGUUAUUCCUAGAAAAAAUAUACCAUUCCAAAAA